ACUCCUACUAUUACCGCCGCGGCACAGACCCACUCACUGUAAGAGAGACUGCACUCCAAGGUAGUGCAUCAGAAAAGGGUAUCUAGCUAACGUUAGCUAUAGCUAUUUUACGUGGUGUAUUGUGUUGUUGUAAGCCAACGUAAAAUAAUGGUUAAGCCGCUAGAAAAGGAUUUGGAUGGGAUCAAUGGGAUGUAGUUCUGUGUCACGAGGGUGGUUGUUGUGUACUAACGGUGGGGAGGUAUAACUUGGGUCUUGACGCCGUCUACCUAGCCAACGGAAUUUGCAACACCAGCAUAGACAAAUUGGGAUGGCCAAGAAGCAAGUGCAUCAUCGGGCAUGAGUAUGGACCACAGACGAUGCUAGGGCUACCAUGGGCAGCGUCACACUGCGCUACUUCUGCUAUGGCUGCCUCUUCACCUCUGUGACCUGGUCCGUCCUGCUCUUCCUCUACUUCAGCCUGGGCCAGGAUGGCGGCCGGCCCUCCUUCAGGAAUGUGCCCGUCCAGAGGCCCCAGUCCCACCGCUUCCAGUCCCGCUUCACCAGGAGCCCUGGAGGAGGGCCAGAGCAAGGCAUCAAGGCAAUCCCUGCAGCAGGAGCAAGAGGCAACAAACAGGCCGAUCUCUCUCCGGAGAUGGGUAUGAUUUUUAAUGAGCAAGACCAGGAGGUUCGAGACACGGGCUAUCACAAGCACGCUUUCAAUGUACUUAUCAGCAAUCGACUGGGCUACCACCGAGACCUCCCUGACACUAGGGAUGACAAGUGCCGAGACAGGAUCUAUCCUCUGUCCCUCCCCACAGCCAGCGUAGUGAUCUGCUUCUUCAACGAGGCGUUCUCCGCCCUCCUGCGCACCGUGCACAGCGUCCUGGAUCGCACACCGGCCUACCUGCUGCAUGAGAUUAUACUGGUGGAUGACAGCAGUGAACUAGCUGACCUGAAGGAAGACCUAGACACCUAUGUCCAGCACAACCUCCAGGGCAAGUUCAAGGUGGUCCGCAACGAGAAGAGAGAAGGACUGAUCCGAGGGAGGAUGAUCGGGGCCUCUCAUGCCACCGGGGAGGUGCUGGUGUUCCUGGACAGCCACUGCGAGGUGAAUGAGGCAUGGCUGCAGCCCCUGCUGGCGCCCAUCCAGCGGGACCGCAAAACGGUGGUGUGUCCCGUCAUCGACAUCAUUAGCGCCGAUACCCUGGCCUACAGUCCCUCGCCCAUCGUCCGGGGGGGCUUCAACUGGGGGCUACACUUCAAGUGGGACCCUGUGCCCGCCUCGGAGCUCAACAGCCCUGACGGAGCACUGGGUGCCAUCAGGUCCCCCACCAUGGCCGGUGGUCUGUUUGCCAUGGACAGGAAGUAUUUUAACGAGCUGGGUCAGUACGACAGCGGCAUGGACAUCUGGGGCGGCGAGAACCUUGAGAUCUCCUUCCGGAUCUGGAUGUGUGGGGGCCAGCUCCUGAUCAUCCCCUGUUCGCGGGUUGGUCAUAUAUUCCGUAAACGGCGGCCCUAUGGGUCACCCGGAGGUCAGGACACCAUGGCCCACAACUCCCUGCGCCUGGCCCACGUAUGGAUGGAUGAAUACAAGGAGCAGUACUUCAACCUGCGGCCGGAGCUCCGGGAGCGUGCCUACGGUGACAUCAGCGAGCGGCAGGCGGUGCGCCAACGGCUGCAGUGCCGCUCUUUCAAGUGGUACCUGGACACCAUCUACCCCGAGAUGCAGGUGGCCUCACCCCACAAUAAGCCUCAGCAGCCUGUGUUCGUCAACAAAGGCCUCCGCCGGCCCAAAGUGCUGCAGAGAGGCCGGCUGCGGAACCUGCAGGCUGACAAGUGUCUGGUGGCUCAGGGGAGGCCAAGCCAGAAGGGGGGUGCCGUGGUGCUGAGGACCUGUGACACACACAACCUAGAACAGGAGUGGGCCUAUGAUGAGGAGCACGAGUUGAUCCUGACUGGCCUGCUGUGUCUGGACAUGUCCGAGAUCCGCUCGUCUGACCCGCCCCGCCUCAUGAAGUGUCACGGCUCAGGGGGCUCCCAGCAGUGGACCCUGGGGAAGAGCAACCGGCUAUAUCAAGUCUCAGUGGGCCAAUGCCUGGCCGUGGUCGACACAAUCAGCCCCAAGGGAUACGUUGCCAUGGCGAUCUGUGAUGGCUCCCAGUCCCAGCAGUGGCAGUUGGAGGGCUGAUGUUGAUACGCCACGACUAGUAACAUUCCAGACACUGACUGCCCCCCUCUGGAUGGGGGGGAAUACUGCACACUGCUGCUGCGACAAGGAAAGAGAGGGAUGGAACUAAUUAUGCGGACUGUGUUCUUGAAGACUUGGAGAACAAAUGCUGUUUGUGUCUUCAAAACUGGUUCCAGCCUCCCUGAAGUGCACAGAGUAAGUACGGAGCUCUGUGGGUACGCUGUAUGGACUAUAGUCUCAACCCCAUUCGUCCGACUUCCCCUCUUGAAAAUUAGUAUUCUAUUUUUUCCUUGAGAACAAUCUAUUCAUUGUCCUAUGUUUUAGAGAAUAGUUUUACAAUGUAUCAUGCAAGUGAUUUUUUCUUUAAUAUCAUGUUUUAAAUUAAUUUUAUCCAAUUUGCACAGCAGUCUUGCAUUAUACAAUAUUACAAUUUCCUCUGAAUUGUCUAAGUCCCAAAAGUGUUUACUAAGAACUUUACUAAGUAUUAGGACCCUGGUUUUAGAGUAACUGUAUUUUAUUCUGUACUUAUUACAAUCUGAUAUUAAAGUGGAAUUGACAGC